UUCACAUCCAACUCUCAGUCCCACCCACCGUAUUCAGAGCCUGCCGUAGCUUCCCUGAAGAAAUUUCUUCAGGUGUGGCUGCUGUCGAACGCAUAAUUUAUCCCACGAAACCCCGACAGCCGCUAUCAUUCUUGUUCAACAACUCCAGUUUCCAAUAUGCCUCUCAUCGGCGCAACCCUCAACACUAUGGGCCUAAUGUUUCUGACCCACGCAGUCUACUCCACCUACGAGCACACCGCCACCUUCCCUUCCGCGCCUCUGCCGCUUGACAUCACCAUUGAACUCCUGUUUUCGACCCUGGUCCUAUCAGCUGGCAUCGUGUUUUCGUCGCCGAGUCUGAAACCGAUACAAUGGGCAAAAUGGGCGGGCAAGAUUGAGCGCGAGGGAUGGCAGAGUGAAGGCAGGUGGACGAGAGAAGGGGAGGAGGUGCUGAGUGAUGGUGACCCUUAUGCCUUCUUAGGUCUAGAUGGCGGGAUUGGAGGGAAGGGAGAAGGCAGGAGAGGCUUUUGGGAUGUUAGGGUGAAGAGGAAGGAGUAUGCUGAGUGGGUCAAGACUGGAGGUCACAGCUGAGUCGUAGAUGCGACUAGAAUGGUAUAUCCCACAGCCCAGUGAGCAUUCUAUCGUGGCACUCCACAUCCACACUCGCAUGGCUGAUAUGAUGAGCCUCAUGAUAUCC